AUGGCUGCUACACACACGCAAGACGCUGACUACUGGAGCUACGCGGGCUCCAUACCGUCACCUCCUCUUUCCCCUAUCAGUAUUCCCAGUGGUGUUUCCACACCUGCUUCUUUCGCUUCCGAGAAUACUGCACCCUUCUUUUCCAAUGUUUCGACGCCCUACACAGAGCUCUCCGAGUCCCAGACACUGCCAGCCACUGACCCCACCCCUGCGGAGCAGUACGUGCUGGUCGUCGGUGGACUCGGCUACAUUGGCAGCCAUACUACAUGGGAACUCCUCAAGGCCGGGCACAACGUUGUCAUUGUCGACAACCUCAGCAACUCCUACAAAGACGUUCUCGAGCGCAUCCAGCUCCUCGUCAAGGAUUACUACAAGGGUUGCUCCAACGUGCCCCACAUCGACUUCUUCGAAGCCGACUACCGCAAGAAGCCCGCCAUGAAGGCGAUCCUCGAGCGCUACGACAGUCUGUACACACUCAAAUCCACAAUCACCUCUGUGAUCCACUUCGCAGCAUACAAGGCAGUUGAAGAAAGCAUCCACCAACCGCUGAAAUACUACUCCAACAACGUCGCCGGCCUGAUCGACUUCUGCGACCUACUAGACCGCUUCGAGAUCAAAACGCUCGUCUUCUCCUCCUCGGCCACCGUCUACGGCGAGCUAGCCAACCAAGGAGGCCAGCUCCAAGAAGAGCUCACAAGCCACACGACAACGCGCUGGACCGACGCCGCAGGCCGUCCACACACGACACUAUCCGGCUGCACUGGUCUGACCAACCCAUACGGGCGGACAAAAUGGAUGAGCGAAGCCAUCCUCAGCGACGUAGCGGCCAGCGACCCAUCCUGGAAGAUCUACGCCCUCCGCUACUUCAACCCCAUCGGGUGCGAUGCAUCGGGGCUCCUGGGCGAAGACCCGCGCGGAACCCCCAACAACCUGAUGCCGCUCGUGAUCCGCGCCAUGGAGGGCCAGAUGCCCGAGCUGGCCAUCUUUGGCGCCGACUGGGAUACGCGUGACGGUACCGCGGUGCGGGAUUUCAUCCAUGUGAGCGACCUGGCGCGCGGGCACGUUGCUGCUAUCGCGGCGGGCGGGAGCGCAAAGGCGACGCCGGGGUUCCACGCCAUCAACCUCGGGACGGGGACCGGGUCGAGUGUGCGCGAGGUCGUGGACACGAUGCAGGCUGUGUCUGGCCGGGAGAUUAAGACAGGAGAUGCGCCGAGGCGGGAGGGCGACGUUGGGGUUUGCGUUGCGGAUCCUGGGAAGGCGGAGAGGGUGCUGGGGUGGCGGCCGUUGAAGACGCUGGAGGAUUCCUGUAGGGAUAUCUGCCGGUAUCUUGACGCUCAUGCCUAG